AUGGAUGGCCUCUCUGACAAUAUUCCUUCUUCGUCCCUCCGUGGUUCUCAUACCGGUACACCCUCCCGCUUCCUUUCGGACGACUCUGAGCUAUCAGAUCUCUUGUCCAAAGACUUGAGUGAUAUCAAGGACGCUUUGCCCCGAGAUUGGGACGAUGUCAAGAAUAUGGAUCCAGUCGCUGUGAUUUUGCUCUUGUUGAUUCUUUGGGUUUUGCUUUGCAUCCUUGUGAACAUCCUUCGUUGCCUAUUCUACUACCUGUUCUGUCGCUGUUGCAACGAUCCACGUCGCCGUGGCUACACAGUUGUCAAGGAUGAAGCAGUCUGCUGCAAUUCCCAAAACCUUCCCCCACCCUUCAACCCUGAAUAUCAAAUUAACCCCAGGAGGUAUUCACCGAGCAGGGCUAAAUGUUCGUAUGCGGGACGAAAUCUCCUUUGGGCCGCUUGCUGCUUUGAGUGCUGCUGUCGUGACGAUCGAGAUCUGAACGUGGCUGGCUAUGAUUGCUGCGACGUCGGUUGUGGCCUCUGUCUCUUUGAAGUAUGCUGUCCUCGGCGACGUGAGCAGCAAGUUAUGUACCUUUGA